UUUGACUUUUUCAUUUUUGUUUUAAUGUUAUAAUAUCAUCAUCAUCAUCAUUAUCAUCAUCUCGCCCGUUUCAUUCUCUGAAUUGGCAGUUGCGGUCCAGUGUGCCUGAGUGAAGAUGUAUCUGGAGAAUAAGAGCAAUAUUGAGGUGGAGAUGUCUCAAACCGGAGGACAGGGUCACUCCAGCAGGGUAGGCCGCAGACAGUCUGACACUGUGGCUGGGAACUUUGAUGAGCUUCGUCUGCUGGAGGGAUUCUCUGGGAAAAGAGAAACGCAGAAAUUGCAGCAGGCUGCAGCCAUGCCCUCGGGACACUGCAUAAUCUACACUGACGUCCAUCAAGAUGAUAGGCACAGCUUCAGCAUGGUAAACCUCCUCAAAGGCAAAUCCAACCAAGCCAACCACACAGAACGGUCACCCCUUCUCAAGUUUCCCCAAAAUGACAGUAUCACCUACAUGACACUGCAUGAGUCCAGCCUGGGAUCUGGAGAGGAAUCAUGGGAGGCCAGCUCUGCUGAACUGGAGAGGAGGUGCAGGCUGGGCAGUGAGGUGGCCUGUCUCUCCCACAUCACAUCCAUGGAUAAAUGUGAACAUUACUUCAAACUAUCAUCACCCAUCAGGUAUUGCUUAAGGACAACAACAAUCAUCACCAUCUUCAUCAUUGUUGUUCUCUGUUCACUGUUUUUCAGCAUGUAUCCAGACAGGGAAAGCCCCUGGAGGAUGCUAGCAGUCUCAUCCACCGAAAGUUUCUCCAUGAAUCUUACUGAUUUUCGUGACAACUCCCUGCUGAAGCUGCAGGUUGGUGGGCCGUUUUUGGGAGGGAUGGAGGCAGUUCAAGAGACCCAGGAGUAUAUUCUGAUCCAGGUGGAGCAGACUGAAGAGGCGGGGUCUCGCAGGAGAAGAACUCAGCAGGUGCUUUAUAACUGGACUAUACCAUUGCAUUCCCAACGAAGUGACCAAAUUCUGAGAACAAGGACAUUUGAAAUGGUUAGCAGCGCUCCUAUUCUGAUCAGUGUGCAGGCCUUUCUGUUAGACAGUCAGGUGGUUCCUCUGUCCAUGACUCACCAGUCACUCUAUGUAACCGUGGAAACACAGGUGCUUAUCGCCGGAUUGAUCCUGGCAGGAGUCUAUGUGCUCAUCAUCUUUGAGAUUGUUCACCGCACUCUGGCUGCAAUGUUAGGAUCCCUGGCUGCUCUGGCAGCACUGGCUUUCAUUGGAGAUUUGGAUUGA